GUGCGAGAAAAUCGGGCACAGUCUGUUUUUCGAAAAAUAACAUCGCCUGAAAUAUACGUGUAUUUUAAAGUCUGAACGUACGUUUCUGCAUGUAUCGACUAGACUAGUUGUUGUGUGAAGAUACUACACGUAAGACAGACGGACUGCAAUGGGGCGUUUUAACAGGAUCGUGUUUUAAAGUGAUCGAAUUUUGGAAGUCGAAGUUUUUUUUUCGCCACUUCUACUUUGCAGCUGUCAGACUCGUUUGUCGUUUUUCUUGCAAGGGCCUGGCACUGAUAUGGACACGGGCCUGAAGUAAUGUGACUACCCUGCAAGCCGUCUGUGUUACUUCUGUUUUAUAUACUUGAUAUAUGAACACAGCCAGACCUUUUUCAUUUAAAUUGUGCUGCACACCGCUUGAUCCCUCUGCGGCAGUCUGGAGAGCCUUGAUAAUCUGUUGCUGCUAGCCAGCUAGCUAGCUAGCUAGCUAGCCUCUACUUUUCUUUCCUUUUUUGUCCUGCUAGCUAGCUAGCGAAGUUGUCAUUGGCGAUACCAACGUUAACUCUGCGGAAACAACAAGUCUUUUGUUUUUCCUAAAAUGUGGAUUUUGGUCAUCCGAUGUUCGUUUAUACCUUGCAAUGAGUGUGAAAAACUGAAAAGACACACAACCCUUCUUUGAUCAUUCAUCCACUACUGUUAACUGUACAACUCAACGCGAAGGAAGAAGUUUGACCAGGCUUACCAGUAAGCUAGCUAGCUCACAAAGCUAGCAACAAUAUUUUAAUCACUGCUAGCGCCGGCGUGGAACUCAGUUUGACAGCAAAAAUGUCUUCGGAGGAAAGUUUGGCGGCUCGUUUCGAUAAAAUCGAUGCCAUGUUGAAGGAUCCUAAAUCAGAAAUCAACACCGACUGCUUACUGGAUGGCUUGGAUGCGUUAGUUUACGACCUUGACUUUCCUGCCCUGAGGAAGAACAAGAGCAUCGACAACUUCUUGAACAGAUAUAAGGACACCAUCAGUAAGAUCCGUGACCUGCGCAUGAAGGCGGAGGACUAUGAAGUGGUUAAGGUCAUCGGCAGAGGGGCAUUUGGAGAAGUACAGCUGGUGAGGCAUAAAGCCACACAGAAGGUUUACGCCAUGAAACUUCUCAGCAAGUUUGAGAUGAUCAAGAGGUCUGAUUCAGCUUUCUUCUGGGAAGAGAGAGACAUCAUGGCCUUUGCAAACAGCUCUUGGGUGGUGCAGCUCUUCUACGCAUUCCAAGACGACCGCUACCUCUACAUGGUCAUGGAGUACAUGCCGGGCGGAGACCUGGUCAACCUGAUGAGCAACUACGACGUCCCCGAGAAGUGGGCCCGCUUCUACACCGCCGAGGUGGUGCUGGCACUGGACGGCAUCCACUCCAUGGGCUUCAUCCACAGGGAUGUGAAGCCUGACAACAUGUUGCUUGAUAAAUCAGGCCACUUGAAGCUGGCUGACUUUGGAACCUGUAUGAAAAUGAAUAAGGACGGUAUGGUACGAUGCGACACUGCAGUAGGAACGCCUGACUACAUAUCACCUGAGGUACUCAAAUCACAAGGAGGCGACGGCUACUAUGGCAGGGAAUGCGACUGGUGGUCGGUUGGAGUCUUUCUGUAUGAAAUGCUAGUUGGUGACACGCCGUUUUAUGCCGACUCGUUGGUUGGGACGUACAGCAAGAUUAUGAAUCACAAGAACGCCCUGACUUUCCCCGACGACAGCGAAAUCUCCAAGGACGCCAAGAACCUCAUCUGCGCCUUCUUAACCGACAGGGAGGUGCGACUCGGCCGCAACGGGGUCGACGAAAUCAAGCGACACGCUUUCUUCAAGAACGACCAGUGGACGUGGGACAGCAUCAGAGACACGGCUGCCCCGGUCGUGCCCGAGCUGAGCAGCGACGUGGACACCAGCAACUUUGACGACAUCGAGGAGGACCGAGGCGAGGAGGAGACCUUCCCCACCCCCAAGGCCUUCGUGGGCAACCAGCUCCCCUUCGUGGGCUUCACCUACUACAACCAGUUCCUUCGAGCGUCGAGCACAAAGACGAGUGACAAACGCAGCAGCUCCACCAAGGAGGACAAAAGCCAUCUGGAGAACCUGCAGAAGAGGAUCUAUCAGCUGGAGGAGCAGCUCCACAGUGAGAUGCAGCUGAAGGACGAGAUGGAGCAGAAGUGCAGGACAUCUAAUACAAAAUUAGACAAAAUCAUGAAAGAGCUAGAUGAGGAGAUCAAUCAGAAGAAGACGGUGGAGGCGUCCCUGUCCAUGCUGGAGAAGGAGAAGAUGAUGAUCCAGCACCGCGGCACGGAAUACCAAAGAAAGGCCGACCAGGAGGCCGAGAAGAGGCGCAAUGUGGAGAAUGAAGUGUCCACAUUGAAAGAGCAACUGGAAAACAUGCGGAAAAUCAGCCAGAAUUCCCAGGCCUCCAAUGACAAGAUAGCACAGCUGCAGAAUCAACUGGAAGAGGCCAACGACCUGCUGCGGGCGGAGUCGGACACGGCGGCGCGCCUUCGCAAGAGCCACACGGAGAUGAGCAAGUCCAUGAGCCAGCUGGAGGGGCUGAACCGCGAGCUGCAGGAGAAGAGCCGCGCCGCCGACCACACCAAGCUGGGCCUGGAGAAGGAGGUGCUGCAGCUGCAGAGCACGCUGGACUCGGAGCGACGCAACUGCAGCCAGGGCUCCGAGGAGAUCCGCGAGCUCCAGGCACGGAUCACUGGUCUGCAAGAGGACAACAAGAACUUGAAGCUCAGUUUUGCCAAAGUCGAGGCAGAACGGAAGCAGGCACAGGAGAGGAGCAAUAAUCUGGAGAAGGAAAAGAACAACCUGGAGAUCGACCUGAACUACAAGCUGAAGACAAUGCAGCAGCGCCUGGACCAGGAGUUGACCGAACACAAGGUGACCCGAGCACAGCUCACGGACAAGUACGAAUCCAUUGAGGAGGCCAAGUCAGCUGCCAUGCACGCUGUGGAGCAGAAGGUGUCGGAGGAGAGCGUGGUGCGGAUGCGGGCGGAGAGCCGCGUGGUGGAGGUGGAGAAGCAGUGCUCCAUGCUGGAGUUCGACCUCAAGCAGUCGGUGCAGAAGAUGGAGCAGCUGAUGAAGCAGAAGGAGCGGCUAGAGGACGAGGUGAAGGUCGUGCGGGUGCAGCUGGAGCAGGAGUCGGGCAAGCGGUCGCUGACCCAGAGCGAGCUGAAGAACUGGACGGUGGAGGCGGACCGGCUCAAGGCGUCGGAGAAGCAGCUCAAGCAGGAGAUCAACGCCUCGCUGGAGAACAAGCGCUCCCUGGAGUUCCAGCUCGCUCAGCUCACCAAGCAAUACAGGGGGAACGAAGGACAAAUGCGAGAGCUUCAAGACCAGCUGGAGGCCGAACAGUAUUUCUCAACGCUUUACAAAACUCAGGUGAAGGAGCUGAAGGAGGAGAUCGAGGAGAAGAACCGGCUGCAGCAGGAAACCCAGAAGAAGGUGCAGGAGCUGCACAGCGAAAGGGACUCCCUGUCGGCCCAAUUGGACCUGACGGUGACCAAGGCGGAGUCGGAGCAGCUGGCGCGGGCGCUGCAGGAGGAGCAGUACUUUGAGCUGAGCCAGGAGAGCAAGAAGGCCAUGGCCCGCCAGAAGCAGGAGAGCGCCGAGAAGGACUCCACCAUCGCCCGACUCGAGGAAUCCAAUAAAACCCUUACCAAAGACGUGGAGACCCUCAGCAAGGAGAAGGCCGAGCUGGACGACAAGCUACGCGGUCAGACGGAAGAGUAUGAGAACCAGAAAGAGGAGAUCACAAACGCAAUCAAGGCCAACUAUGAGAAGGUGCUCAACACGGAACGAACUCUCAAGACCCAGGCGGUGAACAAGCUGGCGGAGAUCAUGAACCGGAAGGACAUGAAGCUGGACCAGAAGAAGAAGGGCAGCACGGCCGACCUGCGCAAGAAGGAGAAGGAGAACCGCAAGCUGCAGCUGGAGCUCAUCCAGGAGAAGGAGAAGUUCAACCACAUGGCCAUCAAGUACCAGAAGGAGCUGAGCGAGAUGCAGGCGCAACUGGCGGAGGAGAGCACGUACCGCACGGAGCUGCAGAUGCAGCUGGACAGCAAGGAGAGCGACAUCGAGCAGCUCCGCGAGCGCCUCAACGACCUGCAGCUGCGCAUGGACAACUCCAGCGUCACCAGCCUGCAGACGGACGAGACCGACAGCAACAUUGCCGAAUCCAGAAUGGAAGGCUGGCUGUCGAUACCUAACCGUGCUAACAUAAAACGAUACGGCUGGAAGAAGCAGUACGUUGUGGUCAGCAGCAAGAAAAUCAUCUUCUACAAUGAUGAGCAGGACAAAGAGCAGUCCAGCCCCUCUAUGGUACUUGAUAUCGACAAACUGUUCCACGUGCGUCCGGUCACACAGGGUGAUGUGUACCGAGCGGAGACUGACGAAAUUCCCAGGAUAUUCCAGAUCCUCUACGCCAACGAGGGCGAGUGCAGGAAGGAGGCGGACAUGGAGACGGUCCCCCAGGGGGACAAGACCAACUGCCUGCCCCACAAGGGCCACGAGUUCAUCCCCACGCUCUACCACUUCCCCACCAACUGCGAGGCCUGCGCCAAGCCCCUGUGGCACGUCUUCAAGCCGCCGCCCGCCCUCGAGUGCCGGCGCUGCCACGUCAAGUGCCACAAGGACCACCUGGACAAGAAGGAGGACGUCAUCGCGCCGUGUAAAGUGAAUUACGACGUGACGUCAGCGAGGGAUAUGCUGCUGCUGGCCCUGACUCAGGACGAGCAGAAGAAGUGGAUCGGUCACCUGGGCAAGAAGAUCCCCAAGACCCCUCCCUCCACCUUCUCCAGGGCCUCCCCGCGCUCCAUGUCCACCCGCUCCGUAGCAAACCAGUCCUUCCGCAAGAACCCCAAAAGUAUCACGGGCAAGCCAAGCAGAAAGCAGUCGAGCAUCCGACUGGCCGACACUGAGCACGCAGACACAACAUCCAGUACAUGCUGACACAACUCGUCCCCCGGCCACAGCUUUAUUUUCAGAGGAAUCUUACCACCACCACCACCGUUACUACCACCACCGUUACUACCCCCCCAUGCGCUGUCCAUAGCCAGCCCCUUGUGGCCCCGCUCCCCCUCUCUCUCUCUAAUGUGAUUAACCCUCUCGGGUGGUACUGUUGUUGGGCUGCUCCUUCUCUCUCACUCACAUCUGGGUCUGGCUCUCUCUCUCUCUCUGUGGUUCAGUAGGGAACUAAUGGUGCGUUACCACUGACUCUGGAUCAGCUAAGGGUGAUCUGUGGUGUCUGUUGUGUUUGGUGAGAGGACUGAUAGAGGACUAUGAGGUGCUGCUGAUCAGUGCUGGGUUCUCAUGAGCUGUUUUCACGCUGGGCAGCUGCAACUGGUGCUGUACUGCCCCCUGCAGGACAUGAAGCACAGUUGUUUUAUGUUUACUGACGUUUACAUUCAUUCACUGAGCAGAUGCUUUUUUCAAAAGCAGUUUACAUAUAUCAGUUAUAAUACAAGGGCAUUGUUACAUUGUCCUUGGAGCAACUCAGGGUUAAAUGCCUUGCUCAAGGGCACAAUGGUGGAAGCCAGGAGUUGAACCCACAACUUGUCUGACUACAGCAUGCUAGCCCAGCUGCUGCUUAAUUACUAUGCUACCACUGCCCUAUUCUCUGUAGCCAUUCCCUGUUCGCUGCCCAGUCACAUGCAUUACCCAGCAGCAGUCCCGUGCUAACAAGCUACGUCUGUAAAUAUACAGCCAUUCACAGAGCCAUCACUUACUGGCUUCGUGUUGGGGAAUCUCACCCGCGCCUUGGGUUUUUUCUGUAACAUAACUGAACGUUUCCACAUCUCUUGGGGCAUCUGAAGCGGGUUGAGUCUUUAUUUACAGCUUGGAGAGCCCAGCAGAGUACCCUUUAUUGUUGGCAUUUUAUUUGUUUGCUUCAGGAAUUGGAUCGGGGAGGUAUAUUAGCUUGAUGAAUACUGUACAACAUAUUGCAUACAGCAGCUUUAACUAACCCAUUGUGUUUGCCUACUCCUUUAAAAGAGCUCUUAUGGGAUGUCUGUGUUGUCUGCUUUCUUUCAGCUAACCAUCUGAUCCAUUGGAUUCUGUUGGGACUUUGUACCUUUUUAUCCUUCAAAAAAGAAAAAAAAUAGAAAAAAAAUACCCUCAAACCAUUAGAAAAGGAUUCACACAAUUAACACACACACACACACACACACACACACACACACACUUUCACUCACACACACACACACACACACACACACACACACACACACACACACACACACACACACACACACACACACACACACACACACACACACACACACACUUUCACUCUCACACACUUUCACUCACACAGAAGUUAAUACAGAGACAGUUUGACCAACGCUGGAUAUUUGGGACCAGUGCCUGACACAAGGCAUCCUUUCUUCUCCACCCCUUCUCUCUCUCCCUCCUUCCCUCCCUCCCUUCAUCCCUCCCUCCCUCCCUCCCUCCCUCCCUCCCUCCCUCUCUCUCUCUGCUUUGACUGGGAUUCCUUUUCCUCCAACCUCUCCACACCCUCUCUGUCCUCCGGGCGUCAAGUGGACAGCAGGGACUUUGCUCUGGCCUUGGGAUGAGAGCCUAGGGAAGCGGCCCAUCUGUGCCCAAGGCUGAGCUCCUCUGUGCGGGCCUCAGGCGGACGCUGUGUGGGGAGGUGGUGGGGGGGGGGGUUUGUAUCUCUGGCCUUUGGUGCAUGCUCCAGGUCAAUAAGGGAGGUCUUAUGCAAUAUGGUGAUGCAACAGGGGAAGAGGGGUAUAUCUGGGGGUGCUAAAACUGGGUUCUUUUCUUCUGUCCGGGAUCAGAAACUGUUGUGAGCGAGCAUACCUGUUUUCCCAUCUCAACGGACUUAACAUGCCUUCUUUUCAUGAACUCGGGCUGCCUUAAUGUCUCUCUCCCUUCUAAGUCUAAAAGGAAAUGCGAUAUCGAACAGAGUAUUUGGGUACUGAGUAUGUGUGCGUGUUGUAUUUUUUGAUUCCUGUUUUUUUUUUUUUUCCCAAGGAGCAUGCAAGAUCAUCAUUACAAUCUAUGCAUAUUAGAAUUAUAAUUAUUGUAUUAUUAUUAUUAUUAUUAUUGUUAUUAUUAUUAUAUUUGCUCCAAGCCAUAGGAAUCCCCAUUGUAAUGGCAUCAGGAGACCUAAUGAAAUCUUCAUAGAAACCAUUGACAUUUUGUUUGUUCAUUUGGGUACAUUGUUCCUUUACGUGUGUUAUUUUGUUUUUUGUCUCAUUUUUGUUUCUUUUUUUUUGUAAUGUAUUGCCUUACAUUGGUUCAUAGAAAUGGUUCAAAAGGAAACAUUAAGUUAACAAAUGUAAAACUGCACUGUUUGAAUUGUAAAUUAUUUGUAGAAGACUUAACUGGUGUAGCAUUUGGCCCACCUAGUGCCUUAAUUUUUGGAUAACGAUUUUACUGCCAUAUCUGUCUGUGUUAAACUCCAAACAAGACAAAUCUUAACUCUGUAUCUUUUUUUAAAAACAAAAGGGUUAUCUUCCACGUUGUUGUUUUAUUGGAACCUCUGGUGUGAAAUGGAAAAGUCCUUCAUUUAUUUUCAACAAGUUGCGUAUUAUAUCAACCAAAGUACCAGAGAUGAGUAAGUAUCUGGUGUUAUGGAUAAUGUACCCUAAUGAAGGCAAGGUUCCCCUCCAUGAACUCUUCCCAUUAUUGCCAACGUAAUCAGAUGAAAUGGGUAACUUCUUGUCUUGUCGACACAAACCCCCUCAGUGUAUAUAAUCAGACACAAAAGAUCAUGAAUACCUCCACAGUUAUCAAAAAUGGGUUUUACAUACGUGUUCAGUAAAAGAAGCACUGGAACUAUGAUCUCUUCUGUUUUGUCUUGGAUGACUUGCAUGUUUCAUUGCAUUGGAGGCCGCACUGAUGGAUAUGUGUCAAUAAACAUAUCUUUAUCUAUCGUUUAAAA